GCAAAAUAGUAGUAAAAGUCCAAACUUUUAAUAAGAAUAGCACCUUUUUUUUAGAAGCACGAGCUCUUGUACUGAAGAAAAGAAAGUCUGAGAACUACAAAUCUAAGAAUAAACCUUUAGCAAGCAAUGAAAAGGACGCCAAUAGAUGGUUUGAUAUGAUCGAAGAAGAACAAACACGAAGAGACACAAUGGUCUUGGGAAAACAGGUUGAAAAAGCUGCCCUGACAGAGAGUAAUAUAGAAAAUGAAGAAGUAGAUGAAGUAACAGCUCAUAUUAACAUUGCAGAUGAUGAAAAAAUGGAGACUUUAUCACAAAAUGAUGAAACACUAGAAGAAAUAAUAGAAAAUAGCAGAAAUGAUAACAUGAGUCAAAAAGGGUUGGAUGAUUUAAUACGGCUAGACAAAAACAAUGAGAACGUACGGAAGGAUGUAUCAUCUGUAGAGGAAUUUUUUAAUGAAUCAAAUAACCAAAUACAAGAUCAUAACCCAAAUAAUAUAGAGUCGUUGGCUUCAGAUGAUAUAUAUAUGCAAGUACAACCACAAUUAUAUAAGGCUAAUGAGAAAUAUAUACAAACUGAUAAUGGAUUUACAAAAGAAUUCUAG